UGAAGCCCACGAUCAGCUUCAUAAGUUGGCGCUUAUUUUCCUGCCUCUGUUUUCUGAGUUCAACACACAAAACUUCACUCGAGAAAAUAACAAAUGGCAACACAAGCACUUGUAUCUUCUUCUCUUAGCUCCUCCGUGGAGACCGCCAGACAGAUUCUAGGAGCAAGACCAGCACAUUCUCCAACUGGUUGCUCAAGAAGGGGAUCCUUCGUUGUCAGGGCAGCUUCUACUCCUCCUGUUAAGCAAGGAGCAGACAGACCCUUGUGGUUUGCAUCCAAACAAAGCCUUUCUUACUUGGAUGGCAGCCUUCCCGGUGACUAUGGAUUCGACCCACUAGGUCUGUCAGAUCCUGAAGGCCCCGGAGGGUUCAUCGAGCCAAAAUGGUUAGCUUAUGGCGAGGUCAUCAAUGGCCGGUAUGCUAUGUUGGGUGCAGUGGGUGCUAUUGCUCCUGAAAUUCUGGGCAAGGCUGGCCUCAUUCCACCAGAGACAGCUCUUCCCUGGUUCAAAACUGGUGUGAUCCCACCAGCUGGAACAUACAACUACUGGGCAGACCCUUACACGCUCUUUGUCUUUGAGAUGGCACUCAUGGGUUUUGCGGAGCACAGGAGAUUCCAAGACUGGGCUAAGCCUGGCUCCAUGGGGAAACAGUACUUCCUGGGUUUCGAGAAGUUUUUGGGGGGAUCAGGAGAACCGGCUUACCCAGGAGGACCACUCUUUAACCCUCUUGGGUUCGGGAAAGAUGAGAAGUCGCUCAAGGAUUUGAAGCUCAAGGAGGUGAAGAAUGGGAGACUGGCAAUGUUGGCUAUCUUGGGAUACUUUGUACAGGGUCUUGUAACAGGAGUUGGACCAUACCAAAACCUUCUUGAUCACUUAGCUGAUCCCUUCAACAACAAUGUCUUGACAAGCCUCAAGUUCCAUUAAGAUAGCUUUCUAUUUGCUUUUCGGAACUGUUCCAUCACCAGCCCCUGCUUUCUCACUCUCUCUUUCUCCCUCUCACACUGUCUAGUCUUUGUUCAUGUCCUGUUGAAAUAUCAUGUGAAGAAAUCAUUGUAAUUUGUAAGAAAUUGACAUGGUAAUGCCUAAAUUUGUACUCCUUA